AUGAAUGAAACGAUAACUACCGUUCCCAGCAAUGAGGCCACUAGUGAUAGCGUUGAUACCACUGAUAGCAGCAACCCUGGUGGUGGUGGUGGUGGUGAUGGUGGUACCAGUGUUGAGGACAUAACAACAACAGUAGUAGUAGUAGUAGUGCCAUACAAUAUCACUGAUGUUGAGACUGACACCAACACUACCAUCAUUACCACCACCACUACUACUACUACUAGUGAUAAUACUAUGACAUACAGUGACAACAAAACCAUACAGUCAUCUACUGUUGGUGGAGGAGGAACUGACAAACCAAUGAUAACAACAACAACGAUGACCACUAAAGACAAGUCGUCGUGGAGUAUGACAUGGAUUUUGUUAAUCAUUUUCUUGAUACCUGUUGUAAUGGCAUUGAUAGCCGCAGUCGGCAUAUACUAUAUGAAACGGACGGCCAAUCGAAAUGACAAACAGAUGUCUAAAAAACCGCCGCCGAAGCCGACUGCUGGUGAAAGACCGGCACCGGUAGCUGCUGUAGCGGCACCUGUAUCUCAAACUAACAAUGUUAUGGCUGCCGAUGCUGUCCGUCUCAAGUCUAGCGAUUCCUUAGACGAUAUUCUAAGCAAAACAGAUUCCGAUCCAUCAAUUUGA